AUCUCUGCAUGUAAAUCUCAUUCUCAUGGCUUUAAGACCCAAUGCGUCCUUCACGUCCACUUCCAUAUUUUCUUCUCAUCGUGGUUUCCAUCUUCGUCUUCUCUUGCUCUUGACCCUCCUCCCAUUAACCCUCGCCUUCUUCGCUUUUGUUCUCCAAUGGCGUGGCGAUCUCAACGACCCCAUUCCUUUGUCUCCCGACCCUUUCCACUUCCCCACGAUGCCCCAUCAGAGAUCAGACUCCCGCUCUGGUCGCCGCUCCGCCUCUGAAUGCGUCAAUUUUUUGGGUCAGAGCAGGACCCCGGUGUUCCCUUAUUUCAAGGAUUGGAGUUUCGACUUCGGGUCCGAUCUCAGGCCUAAGAUAUGUAUUGUUUCAAGUACUUCUGCAGGCUUAGAACAGAUAAUACCAUGGAUCUUUUAUCACAAGGUUAUUGGAGCUUCAGGUUUCUCUCUUUUUGUUGAAGGGAAGGCUGCCUCUCCCAUGGUAUCAAAAGUCCUAGAAUCCAUUCCAGGAGUUAAAGUGAUAUACCGAACAAAAGAAUUAGAGGAACAACAAGCUAAUAGUCGGAUCUGGAAUGAGACAUGGCUGGCAAAAUUCUUCUAUAAGCCAUGUAAUUACGAGCUGUUUGUGAAGCAAUCGCUUAACAUGGAAGUGGCUAUUGUAAUGGCUAGGGAUGCUGGCAUGGAUUGGAUUAUUCAUCUUGAUACUGAUGAGCUUAUACAUCCUGCGGGUGCUCGUGAGUACUCUGUCAGACAAUCGCUGGCAGAUGUACCUGCAGAUGUUGAUACAGUUGUCUUCUCAAAUUAUGAAAGCAUUGUUGAGAGGGAUGAUAUAAAGGAACCAUUUACUGAGGUCUCCAUGUUCAAGAAGAACUAUGAUCAUCUUCCUAAGGAUGUGUAUUUUGGAAACUACAUAGUGGCAACCCAUGGCAAUUCAAACUACUUUUUGACCUAUGGAAAUGGGAAAUCAGCUGCUCGUGUUCAAGACCAUCUUCGUCCUAAUGGUGCACAUAGAUGGCAUAACUACAAGAAGAGACCAACUGAGAUCAAAUUGGAUGAGGCUGUUGUUCUGCAUUACACAUACACCAAGUUUUCUGAUCUAACUUCGAGGCGUGAUCGAUGUGGCUGCAAGCCUACAAUGGAGGAUGUUAAAAGAUGUUUCAUGUUACAAUUUGAUAGAGCUGCAUUCGUAAUUGCUUCAACUGCAACGGAAGAGGAAAUGCUUCGCUGGUACCGUGACCAUGUGGUGUGGAGUAAUAAAGCAUUGAACUCCAAGCUUUUGAAGAGGGGAAUUUUUACUCGGAUUUAUUCUCCCAUGGCUAUAAUUCAAGGACUUAGGGAAUCUGGUGUUUUUACUUCUGUGGUGCAGUCGGCACAUACUUAUUUCUUGCGGGACAAGUCAUCAUCAGUUGAGAGUAGUAACUCUUCUAGCAUAAUAGAUAAACCCGGGAUCAUUUCUUCCGGGAAGAUCGGUUUCGACGAGUCUCGAGCGACUGCCAGAAGGAUCUUCGAGAUCAAUGACGAAUUUUCCGGCGAUUCAGCAAUUCCACCACUUCCUCCUCCGGUCGCGGAUGAUAACGAGAGAUUAUAUUCAUAG